ACACACACACACACACACACACACGCACACGCACGCGCACACACACCGGCUGGAGUUACAGUAACCCACACACACAUAAACACACACCUUCCAGAUCUAAGAUUAGAUCGACAGAUAUGUAUUCUCCGCUAUGUUUAACACAGGAUGAAUUCCAUCCUUUCAUCGAGGCCCUGCUCCCCCACGUCCGGGCCUUCGCCUACACAUGGUUCAACCUGCAGGCCCGCAAGAGGAAGUACUUCAAGAAGCAUGAGAAGCGCAUGUCCAAGGAGGAGGAGCGCGCCGUGAAGGACGAGCUGCUGGGCGAGAAGCCGGAGGUCAAACAGAAGUGGGCGUCUCGCCUCCUGGCCAAGCUGCGCAAGGACAUCCGGCCUGAGUUCAGAGAGGACUUUGUGCUGACGGUGACGGGGAAGAAGGCUCCGUGCUGUGUGCUCUCCAACCCCGACCAGAAGGGCAAGAUGAGGAGGAUCGACUGCCUGCGCCAGGCGGACAAAGUGUGGAGGCUGGACCUGGUCAUGGUGAUUUUAUUCAAAGGGAUUCCCCUCGAAAGUACUGACGGGGAGAGGCUGGUAAAGUCUCCUCAGUGUUCAAACCCCACCCUGUGUGUGCAGCCGCAUCACAUUGGAGUUUCAGUUAAGGAGCUGGAUCUCUACCUGGCCUACUUCGUGCACGCCGAAACCGGCCAAUCAGAAAGCCCCAACCAGGCCAGCGAUUCAGAUAUCAAGGAGCAGUCAGAGAAUGGUCAUCUGGGUUUUCAGGACAGCUUUGUGACGCCCGGUGUCUUCACGGUAGCCGAGCUUGUAAGAGUAUCACAGACACCUAUUGCAGCCGGCACCGGCCCUAACUUCUCAUUGACCGACCUGGACAGCUCCUCCUACUACAGCAUGAGUCCAGGAGCCAUGAGGAGACCGCUACCAAGCACCUCCUCCAGCAGCUCUGCCAAGAGGAUAAAGUGUAUGGAGGAGGACGUGGACAGUCCAGAGGAGUCGUACUACCCCAAUCAGGGCCGCUCUCCGGGCAACGGCAGUCAGGCCAGCAGCUGGCACGACGUGGAGCCAGCUGGAUAUAAGCUGCGCGGCUCUCUAGCUAGCUCAUUCAUCUCCAGACAAGCCAGCCCCCAUGCUCCCCCCUCCAGCCUCCAUUUCUCCUCCUCCCCCAUCCUGCAGCAGCCCGGCUCCUACUUCUCCCACCCGGCCAUCAGGUAUCACCCGCAGGAGACCCUCAAGGAGUUCGUCCAGCUGGUCUGUCCUGACUCCGCCCAGCAGGCCGGACAGGUGGGCUUCCUCAACCCGAAUGGUAGCUCCCAGGGAAAGGUCCACAAUCCUUUCUUGCCGACGCCCAUGCUGCCCCCCCCUCCACCUCCCCCGAUGGCCCGUCCCGUCCCACUUCCUGUCGACGCCAAGCCACCCUCCACCUCCUCCGACGGUGGAGGAAACUCACCCACCUCACCCACGUACUCCACCCCCACUUCAUCUCCAGCCCAGCGGUUUGUCAGCGUCGGACCCAGAGACCCAGGCUUCAACAUCCCUCAACAACCACAGUGGUACCUGGGAUAAGGACUCCAGAGGCCCCUCACCCCCCCACCCACCUGUACCGAACGACAGAUCGCUGCAGCCUCCUCCUAGACCUUGACCUUUGAGGCCAGCUGCAUCAGAGAGUCCUUUCUUGUCCCGCAACUUGAGCCCUCCUCUGCCCCCCCCUGCGCCUGACUCCGCCCCCACCAGCGCCAUACACAGACUCAGCAGCAUCAGCAUGGCUAUAGCGGAUCCAACGCACCGCAAACCUGCCGUUCAACACCGCUCUGUAAACUCUACGUCGUAGACUUCCUUGUAGACGUAUGGUUCAUAUGUCAAUAUUCAUUUAUAGUGCCAGACCCUGACCCCCCCCCCCACCUAACGGCCAGUCCAGAGGAAAAAUCUGCAGGGGAAUUUUUGGCAACGUCGCAACUCAAAACCACAGAGCUUUCACUCUGGAGAAACCACAGCUACCCCUUCAUCAUCCUCUGCUAUGUGUGCAUCAUUUGGACUUGUUGUCCGAUAGGGGAUGUGUUACCUGGCUGAGAUACCAGCUAAAACUCCCCAUCCCUUUACCUGAGCCCUCACACACCUCCUGGGAUUGACUUCACCCUCACUUGACCUCGCCCCUGGUUGAUGGCAAGUCAGGGGGGGAAGGAAGUCACCAAGGCUCUUUCCAAGGACAUGGACCAGUGCUUAAUAGAAAGAGCUUACCUGAUUGGGAGAUGGUGCACAAACACCCUUUCUCUGUUAUAAGAUUAACUAAACAGGAAAGGUUGGGAGGGUUAGGAUGGGGGAUUACAGUUGAAGGUGGGGUCAAAAACGUGGGGGAAGCAGGGGUUUGUCGAAGUGUUGCGACCAGACGCUGGUGGAUCCACGCUUGUUUAUCUGGGAGGCUUUAGCUUCAUGGCUCAUUGAUUUUUCUAUCUUAGCCGUUAUGUCAGCUGGUCUCCACCUCUUCCUCUUCUGUCCAUCCACCAGACUGGGUGGAGCUACAACAUGCAGGUGUGGGCAGAGAGCUCUGGUGUUUGAUGUGCAGCAGGAAGACAGGAGAGAGAUGAGUGACUCUAAUUUUACCAGUGGAAUAUUGAUCAUGAGGAAAGUGCAAUUUUGUUGGCUAGCUGUUGAAAGUUAAAUAUCUUUGUAAGAUAGCUCAUUGCAAACAGUUGUUGAAAAGUAUAUAUAAACUAUAUUUUUCUUCCUAGUCCGCUCACACCUCUGGGACUCUAAAAUAUUGGGGUACAAAAGACAACAAGACAGCAUUGAACUAGAAACCAUAGCCUUGUGAGAAAUAGAGGGAGCUGUAUUCACAUUUAUUGUUUAUUAUGUGUUGUUUGUUCAUCUUGUAAAGCUGUUAGCAUGGUAGAACAAAGAUCCCUUUAAAGAAAUAUAAUUUUAAACAAUCAAUUUUUAAAGCAUUUCUUGCAGCUUAAGACUGCUUUUCAUUUUGUUUAAAAGCAAAAGACGCUAAGCGAUUAACUCGUUUUAAUGAGCACAUAAUUUUACUUCAUAAUCUAAAGCUAUUUCAAUUUCUCAUGAGGCGAAAUCAGGAGAAAAUAUAGUCAAUUUAAGCUGAAAUGUCAUCAUGUUUUCUCCGGUUUCUGCGAGAUAAUCUAUGACGGGUGUUCCCCGGUGACGGGCUGCCCAAUGAUUGGCUGGGUCUCCUAGAGGUCCCGUCCAAUCAAAAGCACUUAAUCCUGCAGUUGGCCAAUAGGCCGUGAGUGUAUAAUCAGGGGGUGUGGUUAAGCGAUAAAGAGGCAGAGCAGAGGGUAACUCCGGAAGCUUUCGUCCACAAAUAGACAGCCAAGAGCUUCACAUGCAACUUACCAUUUUAUUCAACUGUUUUUUUUUUCUUUUCUAUACUAUAUAUAUAAAUAUAUAUACACACACGCACACACACACUUACGACCAUCCAGUGUCGAACAAAAGUGAAUUUAAGUGAUUUACAAAAAAAGAAUUAAAAAAAUUGCAUGUUCUAGUGUUAGUGACACAUUUUUCCAUAGAUGAUGUAGUUAGUGAGAUAAAGACACUAUAUUGUAAACCCAACAUCAGGCACUUGCCAGCAGCUGUCUAUUACUUUGGCCCCGUCGAGGCCUUUCAUUAUGGCUCUCCUUCACAAACAACCAGCUCUCUUCGCUCCUUGACAUCUCUCCAGUCUUUUUUUCCUACCUUCUUCCCUUACUCCUACCUUCUUUUUUUCCGUACAGCAACAGAUUAAUUCUGCCUUUUAUUUCCAAGCGUUCUCUUUUCCAUCUGUGCAUUAUCAAAAUGCAUGAACAAAAAUGUUUCCUCAUGAAUGUGCCUUGAGCUACAGUCCAGUCCUGAGAGGUUGCACAUGAUCCAACGUGGACAAUCUUGUUUUAUUGUUUCUCCCUUUUUUAAUUUACAUUUUUCAAUUCACCUUCCACACCUAAAGAAAAAUGUCAAAGCGUUUUAAUUUGAAGAGGAACGCAUGUGUUUACGAGAAUACUUAUGGCUCAGUUUUAAGAGGAUGCAGGCAUAAACUGAACUGCUCCCCCCCCCACCUGCAGUUAUAAUGCAGACCUUACAGGUUAAGUUUACACCAGCUACAACCAGGUCAAUCAUCUCCAGGUAACCUUUAACAGACCACAACACAGUGACAUUUUGUGAAAUGAGCACCAUGUCAGUUACAAAGAUGAUAGACAUCUGCAAUGAAAAUCUUAUGUAAAAACAACACACUGUUAAUAUUACAUAUUCAGCAGUUGGCUAACACUCAGAUGUAGCGCCUUGACAUGUUUCAUUCAAGUUAGAUAAAAGUAAGAUGCAAAAACACUGUAACAUUAGUUAAUGGUCCAUUAUAACAGCUAGAGCUGGUUUGAGGUAGAAAUAAUGUUUCAAACAUUUUAUUUUAUAUUGACACUCUGUAGUUCCUGAUGGCUUGUUUAGCAGCUACACAGUUUGGUUAGUUUACAGUUCAGUUUAGCUGCUAAACACUUUCGAGUCAGGUUAGCUAACUGUUAAGUUUAGCCUCCUAAACAGUUUGAUCAGCUUGGCCAGUUUGCUCACUAAUUCCAGCAGUUUAGUUUAGCAGCUAAAGUUGUUUGGAUCAGCUUAGCUAGCAGGUUUUCCCCUGGUCCCCGACAGGUUAGCAGCUACAACAGUUUGCAAACUGUUACAUUUCAAUUUCAAUUUGAAGGGAGAAUUUUUCAUGUAAAGAGUAAGAUUAGGAUUAGGAUAACCUUUAUUAUUCCCCAAAGGGAAAUCAGUUCUUCUCUCAGUUCUCUGGUGUUAUUUUACAAUGACAUACUACAUAGGCCGGUAAUACACAGGACCCACAGACAUGUACUAAUAGUGAUGUGGCAGAGCGGAGGGGAACUAGCAGGAGGUGAACCGGCACCUCUCCAGCUAGCCCAAUCAGGCGUACCUUUGGUUCCCAAGCCAAGUCUUCAGAGACUGAUCUCCCGCCCCUGUACUGGGUGAAGACAUUGUGUUCAUUUCACAAAAUGUUUUGAUGCCAGUAAUUGAUAAAGCAAACUAGCUGGUAGAAAACCAUGUUGAACCCCACCCACUCCCUUCAUCCUAUCCUUUGUUUUAUUGGAUGAUUUUUUUUAAAUGUAUUUCUGUUAUUACAAUUUCCAAACAUCCCAAACUUUUCAAGUCUUCCUUUUUUAAAUUCUGUUUGGAUGGACUUUUUUGUUCCCAGAAAUGAAUUAUGAGGACAUCAAUUAUGCAAUACCUGCUUGCACUCACAUAGACUUUUUUUUGUCUUACAUUGUUUAGUUUAUUUUUUUCUUUCUCAUUUCUUUCAACCAAAGUAAACGUGCACGUGACAGGCAUCAUGCUCCAUCGUUGGUCCCAAGCCAGGCUAAAAGCCACCAUUGCUAGGGGAACUAUACUUCCUUCCUUCCUUGCCACCUUCUUUCCUUCCUAUUUUGAUAAUCUACCAGAUAGCGGCAAUAUUACAUUUGGUCUCUUAUUGCUAAAGGUUUUUUGUUUAUUUGCUCACAAGCAAGCCUUAAACAAGUCCAACUUCUUCUCCAUCGCGCAGAAAACCGUUCAUCAAAAAAAAUGUUGAUGACGUCCAAAAUAUCCACCACGCCCCGCCCUGCUUGGCAGUGGUUUUAGUAAUUCAAUUGUUUACCUGUUAUGUGUUCUAUCUGUCUAUCAAAUGAAUCAGACAGCGACGUGAUGCCGUUAGCUGUGAUGGUUAAGUAGUUCCACUUGUGUGGGUUGCGUGUUUUACUUAGCGUGACAUGUUUGUUUGGUCUGUUCUUGCUUACCCUUUAGCCAUGAGUUGGGCAUUACUUCCUUAAUUCUCUGCACUAAAUAUGAAACAAAUGAUAAAAGUGAAAAAGUAUUACAUAACAAAAUACAGCUUCCAGGGCUUAAAAAGAGCGAAGGGAAUAAAAAAAUUGCACGGACAUUUUUUUAAGUGUCACAAAAACCUUGUGAAACAGCCUAGCAUCUAAUCAGAGACUUUUGGCUGUGUUCUGUGUAAGAUAAAGACACAAUUGCACCCUUUUUAAAGAAAGAUAAAAUGAAAAAUAAUUUAAAAUCAAUAGUUUGGGCAGUGUAUGUUUUUGUUGUGUUGUGUGUGUAAUUUAGUUCCGGUACAGCAGCGAAGAGACGCAGAGAAGACUUAGCUCUAACGACGGGAGGCAGAGCCUGGGAGACGUGUUUGUAUGUUGUAUAGUUUUAUUGAUUACACUGAUUUUAAAGCUGCCCUAUUUUAUAAUGCAGGACUUUUGUAACAUUGAUAAAAAUGAGGAAAAACUAGUGUCGUGAAUUUUCUGAUUGUUUGUAUCGAGGCCACAUUACUAGAACUUGUUUGGUUUGUUUCUUGGAACUGGAUUUAAGUUGAAAACUUUCCAGUUUCCUUAUUUUCUUUAUUUUUUUCUUUAUUUGCUUUCCUUUUUAUAUGUAUUUAAGAACAUUUCCUCUGUUGAUGGUAUAGCAUAUUCCUGUACUUCAAAAGUAUAGGGCGCUGUGGUGAUAAGACCAUUGUAAAUGGAUGUUACAGUAUGCUGUAUGUUUUGAAGGUUAUUUGUUGCAUUAGUGUUGAUGAACCUACAUCUUUUGAGGAAGAUUGGUAAGAAGAGCAAGUGUUUUUUAUGCAUUUAAAAUUUUAGUUUUAGGCAGGAGACAGCCAAAGGAUGCCCCUACUAUAAAUGCAUCUAGGCAUCUUUUUUUGUGUUCACCAUUCCAUGCAGGAAAAUAAACAGCUUGAUUAUGCAACAUGA